AUGGGUCAAGUAACUGUUCACGAUUAUCUCUAUUUGAUACAAAUGGGAUGCACACCUCUGAGUUUACCGAAAGUUAAGCGAUUACCAUUCGAUCCAUUAAAGCAUCAAACCAUACAUUUGGAGCGUUUGAUGCGAAGUAAAGGAUUGAUGGACCUACAGUUGGAUGAGGAAUAUCGAUUACCACAUUCGGAAAAUAUUCCAUGUGAUCCGGAUGUUAACGAAACUACUCUGUUUGAUGAACAUAGUUAUUCCGUAUCUCCUCCUUUAGCACCACCACCUCCAUCACCCACUGGAGAUGUGGCAGAAACUGAAAUCGAUUAUCGAAUUCAUUACUCCUACCGCAUGCUAUAUCUGUUGAAGAAGGUGGCAGAAAUUUUGGAAGAAAUGAGUAAAAAGGCAAGUAAUCCGUCGAUUCUUUUAUCGAUUAACCAGCUGUCAAUUGUAGAAACAGCGUUUGAGUUUAUCAUCCCAACAGCAGUUCGACCAUAUGUUGAUGAUGGUGUGAUUCUCCAUCUCGGUAGAAGUAGUCUCGUGGAGCACUGGAAACCUCUUGUUGGCGAUGUUGAAUUUCGAAAGAAGCAGUUAAGAAAAGCAUUAGAAGUUUUUGAUUUGUUGAUGAAUUCAUGCGAGAUGAUUAAGAAUUGUGUCGUGAGGAAAUUUCUGGCGGAUUACAUAUGCUUAAAUGAGCAGUUGAUUAAACUGGGUGAAAAAUAUCACAAGCAAAAGUAUGGAAAAUUUAUUCUUACCAUUGACAGACCUAUGUUGAUCACAUCGUUGUUCAUUUUAUUAACCACAAAUAAGGAACAACCAAAAUGGUUGCAUAAGGCAGUAAGCAAGCACAUCACCAAACUUUUGUUGUUGGAAAAUGGACUCUAUCAUUUAAUAACAGCAAUAACUGAAGGUGCCAAUUGUUUUGGAGAUUUCGGAUUUGUUCAGUCAUUGUCGCGAAUACUGGUAACAGUCCCUUAUAAAAUGCCGAAAGAAAAAUAUUACAUUUCUUUAAUCGAAAAUUUUUUGGUUGUCAUAGAGAAUCAUCCAAAUGCUGGAGAUGCUGCUGUUUGCUUUGCCGUUGUGUUAGAUAUGUUGCCAAAAGAAUUAGUCGAGAUGAUUUUCGAUACUUUGCUAUUACCAUGGGAGAAUCUUAAGAUUGAUUGCUUUUCAAAAUAUUCAUCGAGGAAAACCGAUUUUUUUGAUCCUAUGUUAGAUAGGUCGCUGAGAAUUUUGUCAUUUUAUGCCAAAGCUCUUCCACGAGGAAUGCAUUUGCCACUCUUCCGCAGAUUCAAAGCGCUAUUCAAUUUAUGGACCCUAUUAUAUGCGAGCUACAGUGAAAACGAAAAUCGAAUGCAUGGAAUUUCGGUGGAGUAUGACAAUGCAGGUCAGGGGAUCUUUGAUAUUUUACAUCGAAUUCUCGACGACCCAUCAUUCGAAACAGUCGACGAAAAGGCUGAAUUUCUUGUUCGGCAAAUAGAAGAUGAUCGCGAUUUGUACUUGCCAGAGUUAAGUUACAAAAAGGUUUUGAUCGAGGAAGUCGAGCAAAAGGAAGUCAGUGAAGAAGAAAACAAACAAAUGAAUACUUCAUCGAUUACCUCAACUAUUUAUGGCAGUCAUAUUUUUUGGCUAAAGCUUCUCAAAGCUCAUUAUGCAAAUCUUCGAAUCCAUCUUGUAAAACCUGCAAAAGCAGAAGAUGCAUUCAUUCGUUUCGAGAAAGGAAUUUUGAAAAUUUUGCAAGUAGAAAAAAUUCAAGGAGAGGAGCCGAAGGCAUCACGUCGUUUAGCAAUUAGAACAGCGAUGUGUUGCAUCGAGCGUUGGGCAGAAGUGGAUUCCAAAAAUGAUAGCUAUGAAAAUACUUGUAGUUCUGAAGAAACAUCGGACAACGAGGAAAUAGGCUUUGAAGGAAGAAAACAAAAAGUGAAUUAUUUUUUGAACGAUUUAUUACCUAUUUUAUCGGAAACCGGCACACUUUCGGAUGAAAACCUGGCAAAUCUUAUUGACAUUCCACUGAGCAUACUGGAUGUCGCCACGGUGAAAUUAAAUAUGCGCGUGAAUACGAUUCCAGUGGACAUAAGGGGUAUACCUUCGGAGGAGGAUAAAGAACUUGAGGCUACCGAUCGAAAUAAUAUUCAUCUAGCAUUAACGAUUCUUCAGUGUAUUCUGGUCUUCAAACAAGGGGAAUUCGUAAAAUUCAUGGAAAAUCUAGUACGUGGAGCAAAUAUUUUGCAAUCUUUCUCAAAUACAGUUUCAAAAUUGAACGAUAUAGAUAAAAGGCUGUAUUUGGAAUUCCAGCAGCUUGCUGGGGAAAUUAUCGCACUUUUAAAAGCAAAUAAUAUUGAACCAAGGGAAGAUGACGCGGCUCCUAGUUUUAUUGAUGAAUCACCAAGUAUUGGCGACAACCCGAUUAAUGGUCGAGGUUCAGAAUCUUUCUCUUUGGAACAGAUCCAAUCCGAUCUUUUGGAUGAAUCAGAAUCCGUCCGUGGGCAUGCUCUAAUUAAGUUAGCAAGGGGUAUUCGACGAAAAAACAGACAACUUCUGGAUGACAUUACUACUUAUCCCGCAAUUAUGCGCAUUGUUCUAGAACAAGUUGUUGAUAAUGAUUCUUACGUUUAUUUGGCAGCAAUAAAUGCAUUGGCGGAGUUAGCAUAUUGGAAGCAACAGUUUUUCGAUGAAAUGGUGGAAUUCUUUUUGGACCCGGCAGAAAAGCUGAAGUCUAUUCUCGAAUUCAGCAUGGACAACCUACGAGAAGACGAAAAAGAUACAUAUUUACUGAUACAAAGAGUUAAAAUCGGCGAAGCAAUUGCGAAAGCAAAUAAAAAUCUUGGUGAAAUGGCACCAGCUUAUUUUGACCGUAUGGUAAAUCCGAUGUUGUCGUUGAUGCUUCAUACUAAAGAUGAUAUGUUGCGAGCUUCCGUACUCUCUUCGUUAUCCAAUCUUAUCGUUUCCUGCCGUGGAUUGAAUAUACACAAACAUCUUGAUGAGAUGUUGCUAGCAGCUAAAUUAUAUAUACGUGAUGCUGAGGCGGAAAUAGUACGACGCGCUGCUGUUGACUUAAUGCGUGCCAUUGUCAGGACAUAUGAUAUUAGUCUUCUACAAGAAGCUCCAUCACAUCUUUAUGAUAUAGCAGAUUCGCUGAGCUAUAUCUUGGACCAAGAUGAAGAUCUGGUCGUUAAAACUCAUGCAAUGUUAUGUCUACAGGAUAUCGAUGCUCAAAUGGAGGAAGGUUUUUUAGAAUUUGAAAAAGCUCAUACGCGCAAAAUCCGAUUUUAA